AUGGGAAAACCAACAAUGGGAAAACCAACAAUGGGAAAACCAACAAUGGGAAAACCAACAAUGGGAAAACCAAUAAGGAGAUUGUCAGUUCAGCCUCUCCUUUUCCCCCAGGUUCAGUUUUGCCAGCUUUCAAACUUCCUAAAACACAUCGGAUCAUUCUUCACGGCCAAUUUCUAUGUUCACAAGAAACCUUCCGUGAUGGAGGAGUGGUUCAACGACUCGACAUCAAUUCACUUCACUUCCAGAGAGAGUCAACCACUAGAGGAUAAGCCUAGUUGUUCCUCUAGCGAUUUAAUGGCUCAUUGGACAGAAGACCCUUUGAACCAUCUUUCUAUACCGACAGACUCUGGAUUUUCGAUGACAUACAAACCACCAUUAAUGUUGCAUAAAGACCUGCUCAGCUACAAUGGAGCACCUGUAUCAACAUCUUGCAAUUCACUUGACGAUAAAAUCUUUGAGCCUAAAUCUGCGACCCAAUUGGGGAACGGAGGAGUACGGUGCGGUGCACAAAUGAUGGACGUGAAUUACAACAACUAUGCAGAAAGAAGGAAUACCACAAGCCCCAGCUUCUCGCCAGAUAUCAACCCUUUGAAAGUCGUUCCUAUUAAUACACCACCUCCACUUGAGCAAGCGAUGAUCUUUCAAGCGAUGAUCAUUCCCACAGACAUGGUCAUACAGAAGCAAGGGUACGAAUCUCAAUACUGUUGUUGGAAACAUGGCUGCGAAGGUCGCACCUUUAGUAGCUCGGCAACCUUCUGGCGACACCUGAGAGAGCAAGAAGGGCGGGGAAGAAAAUGGGACUCUACUAAAGAUACCGCCGCUAAGUUUGCCGGAGAGAAUCCCGCUAAGGACGACACCAAGGAUCCCGCUAAGGACUACGCUAAGGACAACACCAAGGACAACGCUAAGGACAACGCCCUAUCAAUAUGA